UUCUAUAAAUACCAUUUAUUUUGCAUAUAACACUUCACUAUUCGUAUACUACACAAAUCAUUGUUUUUUGUUAAAUAUGAAUUCUUUUUCCACAUUCUCUUUUCUUCUUCUCCUUGUGCUUCCCCUCUUGGCUUCAUGUCAUGAAAAACAGGUUUAUAUAGCGUAUUUUGGAGAGCAUAAUGGAGAGAGAGCAUUGCAUGAGAUUGAAGAGAAUCAUCACUCUUAUCUGUUGUCAGUGAUAGAAAAUGAUGAAGAAGCCAAAUCUUCUCUUAUUUAUAGUUACAAACAUAGCAUCAAUGGAUUUGCUGCACUUCUCACCCCUCAUCAAGCCUCCAAAUUAUCUGAGAUGGAAGAAGUGGUAUCAGUGUAUAAAAGUGAGCCAAGGAAAUAUAGUUUGCAUACAACAAGGUCAUGGGAAUUUUCUGGAUUGGAAGAGUCAGUGGCACCAAAUUCCUUGAAGAAGGAUGACUUGCUAUUGAAAGCCAAAUAUGGCAAAAAUGUCAUUAUUGGCGUUCUUGAUAGUGGGAUAUGGCCAGAAUCUAAGAGCUUUAGUGAUGAAGGGAUAGGACCAAUACCGAAGUCAUGGAAAGGAAUCUGCCAAUCUGGAGAUGCUUUCAACUCUUCUAACUGUAAUGA